ACAACAACAUACAGAAGCGAUCCAGUCAGUCUCGCCCCUCCGCUCUCAGCAGCAGCAGCAUCAUCGCCCCCGCCGGGUCCGGUGGCAGAGAGGAUGGUUCAGCGGAAAAGCAGCCGUGGAUGCGAAUGACAGUGAUAAGAUAAUGGCCCUCGAUUUACGGAGGUUUCCGAAUGUGCGACUAGUGACCAAGUGAAACGACAGUGGCAGGAAAACACUGAACCAUGUUGCUCUAAGUUGUGACCUGUGUUGAACGGGGGAGGAGGAGGAGGGACGAGGAGGAAGGAGGAGGAAGGAGGAGGAGGAGGGAGGCAUAGACAGGCAGACGGGCAUCUGCCACAGCUCCCUUGAAGCGGCCCUUUGUAAGCUUGAAGCCAUGGGCAACACAGCCACCAAGUUCCGCAAGGCCCUGGUGGGUGGUGACGAGGCCCUGGCCUGGCAGCUGUAUGAGGGAAACCCUCAGUUCAGGGAUGGCCUGGACCCGAAUGCAUCGUACGGAGAGCAGUACCAGCACAACACGGCCCUGCACUAUGUCUGCCGCCACGCCAUGACACGGCUGCUCAGGUCCUUCCUGUUCAGUAAAGAGGGGAACCCCAACAAGCGCAAUGUGCACAACGAGACAUGCCUCCACGUGCUGUGCCAAGGCCCACAGAUCCUGCUGCUGUCAGAGGGAGCGCUGUCACCCCGACUGGCCCGACCCCAGAGGGACGAGCAGCGUCGUGCGGACUGCUUGCAGAUGAUCCUGAGCUGGACCGGGGCCAGGCUGGAGGGAGGCCAGUACGAGAAGGCCAAUGUCAACGCCACCGACAAUCACCACAGCACCUGUCUGCACUACGCUGCCGCUGCAGGCAUGAAGAGCUGUGUGGAGCUGCUAAUCCAGAGCGAGGCAGACCUUUUUGUGGAGGAUGAGGACAAGUUGACACCAUGUGACCACGCCGAGCGGCAUCACCACACCGAGCUGGCCCUCAGCCUGGAGUCACAGAUGGUUUUCUCCUCCUCUUCAGCUCAGCAGUCAAACACAGACGCACAUGGUGAAACCAACCUGCUGCAAUACAAGGAGCCUUAUGAAGGACUGAAGCUUCAAGACUUGCGCAGGCUGAAGGACAUGCUGAUCGUAGAGACAGCAGACAUGCUGCAAGCCCCCCUCUUCACUGCUGAGGCCCUGCUCCGAGCACAUGACUGGGACAGAGAAAAGCUUCUGGAAGCCUGGAUGUCAGAUGCUGAGGGCUGCUGCCAGCGCUCAGGUGUGGCCAUGCCCACCCCACCACCCAGCGGAUACAAUGCCUGGGACACCCUACCCUCACCUCGCACCCCCAGGACCCCGCGGUCACCCCUCACACUGACCCUCACCUCCCCGACCGACAGCUGCCUCACACCUGGAGAGGAGGGCCUGUCUACGUGUGGAAUCUGUCUCUGCUCUAUCUCAGUGUUUGAGGAUCCAGUGGACAUGUCCUGUGGACACGAGUUCUGCAGAGCAUGCUGGGAAGGGUUUCUCAAUGUGAAGAUUCAGGAGGGUGACGCACACAAUAUCUUCUGCCCAGCUUAUGAGUGCUACCAAUUGGUGCCGGUGCAUGUGAUCGAGAGUGUGGUUUCCAGAGAGAUGGACCAGCGAUAUCUACAGUUUGACAUCAAGGCAUUUGUGGAGAAUAAUCCUGCCAUCCGCUGGUGUCCCGCAGCACGUUGUGAGCGGGCAGUGCGGCUAACCCGACCAGGCCCUGGGGACAGUGACCCACAGAGUUUUCCCCUGCUGCCCUCCCCAGCUGUCGAUUGUGGCAAGGGUCACCUCUUCUGCUGGGAGUGCCUUGGUGAGGCCCAUGAGCCAUGUGACUGUCAGAUGUGGAGGAACUGGCUCCAGAAAGUCACAGAGAUGAAGCCUGAGGAGUUGGCAGGUGUGAGUGAGGCCUAUGAGGAUGCUGCUAACUGCCUGUGGCUGCUGACCAACUCCAAACCGUGUGCCAACUGCAAGUCGCCCAUUCAGAAGAAUGAGGGCUGCAACCAUAUGCAGUGUGCCAAGUGUAAGUAUGACUUCUGUUGGAUCUGUCUGGAGGAGUGGAAGAAGCACAGCUCAUCAACAGGAGGCUACUAUCGCUGUACUCGCUAUGAGGUCAUCCAACAGCUAGAGGAGCAGUCCAAGGAGAUGACUGUAGAGGCAGAAAAGAAGCACAAAAGUUUUCAGGAGCUGGACCGUUUCAUGCAUUAUUAUACUCGCUUCAAGAACCACGAACACAGUUACAAGUUGGAGCAGAAACUGCUGAAAACAGCUAAAGAGAAGAUGGAGCAGCUGAGCAGAGCCUUCAUUUGCCGUGAAGGCACUCCUCCAGACACACGGUUCAUUGAGGACGGUGUGUGUGAGCUGCUGAAGACGCGGCGCGUCCUGAAGUGCUCUUACCCAUAUGGCUUCUUCCUGCAGCAAGGGAGCACCCAGAAAGAGAUAUUUGAGCUCAUGCAGACGGACCUGGAGAUGGUAGUGGAGGAUCUGGCCCAGAAGGUCAACCGGCCGUACCUGAGGACGCCCUGCCACAAGAUAAUCAGUGCGGCCCGUCUGGUGCAGCAGAAGAGGCAAGAAUUCCUGGCAUCAGUGGCCCGAGGCGUCGCUCCCAACGAUUCCCCUGAGCCUCCCCGCAGGAAUUACCCUGGAGGAUCAUGGGACUGGGAGUACCUUGGCUUUGCCUCCCCUGAAAUGGGGAGUCGUCACUCUGUACUGGGAGCAGGAGAUCAAAGAGAGAGACUGUCACAGGAUUAUGCUGACAUCCAGUACCGUCGGAGACACAGGCCCCGACGCAGAGGAGACAUGCUGAGUCUGCACAACCUUAGAAGCAGCAGCAACACACCAGAGACCAGCAGGAGGAGUGACAACACAGAAGGUCCAGAGAGAAGUGAGGGCCGCAGAAGAGCACUGGGCUCGCUGGAUGAAGAUGACCCAAACAUCCUGCUGGCCAUCCAGCUGUCCCUUCAGGAGUCCCGCAGAGAGCGAGGCCUGGAGGGAGGCCUGGAGAGAGCGACAGAGGGGAGAGUGGAGCUGGACCGAGGACAGGAGAGGAGGCCGGGUCCCAUGGGAGACCUAGGUGAUGUUGCUUUGCACUCUCUCAAUACAGACGGUCCUCCCGGAGCCCGAGGCUCCUCCUUCCCCACUUCUCUCCUAGAUCCUCCUCGCCCCCCUAACAGGACAGACUCCACCUCCCAGCCUCCCACGUCAAACUCCCUCCCCCUCCCUCCCCCACCUCCCUCCCUCAGUGCAGAGCUGCUGGAGCUGGGAGACAGCCUUAUGAAACUGGGGAACAUAACCACUCCUUAUGAACUGGACGCACACACACAGGAGCAGCUCUGCUCGCACCACACAUACAACCACAGUACACUCACUGCUCCCUACACCGUUGAACCUGCUUACAGCGACUGCAGCCAUAGACAAGACCAGAAUGCAAUGACCACUCCAUAUGUGCUCGACCAUAUCACCAUCACAGAUCCUCGCUAUGACAGCAAAGAGCAGAGUUACUGCCACUCAAGUGGUUAUUUGGCUGAGGCUGAACACACUGCCUCCUGCACACUUGAAAGCACCCAAAACCUUGCCCAUCCUACUUCAUAUGACCGGGAACACGCAGCCACGUAUGACAGCACCCCAAAACCAGACAGCUCUUACAACCCUUGUCCAGAACACAGUAGCUCUUACACUCAGGAGCGUCCUGCCGCCUACGCUCUCCAGCGCCCAUCAGACCCCCAGCCCCCUGCCCAGUUGUGCCUCCCGUCUCCAGAGCUCGAGCCGGAGCUGCUGCUCUCACCGGUGAUCCCCCCGGGGGGCCCUUUCACCCCCAGUGACCCUCAGAGUCUGGAGCCCCUGGACCCCACAGCCAGUGCCCAGCUGCUGGACAACAUCAUGGCCUGGUUUAACAACAACAUCAACCCCCAGAACAACCCCCAGAGCCUGGCCCUCAUCCCCUCCCCACCCACCACAGAAACCGACUCCUCCCCUGACACGCACACUGAGACUGAGUCAGAGAGCCAGACCUCCAGGGACGUGACCCCCGCUCCGAUCUGGCAGCCCCUGGAGGGUGAGCCAGAAGCGGACAGAGGGCCGGCGAGUCGUCAUCUAGGUGCUGCGGGCACAGAGGGCCCGAAGACGUCAAGGCCCAGCACGCUGGACCUGGAAAACAGAGAGGCUGGCGAGGAGGGUGUGGACGCAGGGUGUGUGGCUGACCUGUCGCUGGACGAAGCGCACACACACCCGUGCUCACACUCCCAACGCGCAAACAGUCCCGCACACACUGCCCCGGCCACAGAGAGAGACUUAGACCUCAUCCUUCAGUUAGAGGGGGUGCAAUCACCUGAGGAGUGGGAGGAACAAGUACACCUGGUGUGACAGUGACAGAAUAAUGUGGAGAGAGAGAAGGUUGAGCCAAGUACAGGAGAGAGGAGAGAGAGUGAUGAAAGUGAAAGAGGAGAGAAAUUCAAAGACUGGGAAAAGUAGAGAGAAGCACUGAUGGAAAAAUAUAAGAUGUAACAGUGAUGCCUCAAUGAAAGAUGUAGGUCUUUGGGAGUUGAGUGUUUACCGUGUGUAUUAUACUGUAUCUAGAGAGGACAUAAAGCCCUGCAGACUUUGUCCAGUAAAGAUGAUGUCAUACGCAUUUAGAUUUUUUUUUAAGUGCUUUUGUCUGCUCUAAAAAACAGACAAACUAUUCUUUGAAACAAAUGUUUAAAACAGAGUACAUCAAUGGGAAGCUACUGAUAUCAUAACACAUAAAAUGCUGCACAUGUUUUUUGAUUUUUCCUAUUUAAUUUAUUCCCUGCCUCCUGUAUUUGUCUUCUCAGUUUGUCCAGGGUGAAGUUUUGGUGCUGAUCAUGCUGAAAUUGCCUCGUAUUCCCACACUUUACAAACACACCGACCCAACCACGAGCCUGUUCAGAGCUCCUAGAGCCAAAUAUGAUGAUAACUGUAACUUUGGAGCUUGUUUAGCGUACUGUACAAUCAGAGGGCCUAAUUCUGAUUUUUGGACCUUCAUGCACACUGUGCCUGCUUUGUUAGCGAGCUUACUGAUCUUUCCGAUACACCUGUCUGCUCAGUAAACGUCACGCUAGUACAACAUGCUUAUCUGGAUUUUAUGAGAGUAAUAUAUCUUUUGUGAUCAGAAGAGACGUUGUCUUGUCCCUCUGCACAGGGAGGUCAGUCUCAGCUACAGCACUUCAGCAUCAUGGGUGCUUGUUGUCUUUAUCGGAGAUGACCUUUCAUCCAUAUUGCUGUAUUUUACAAUUGCUUUGGCUCAGUUUUCACAGCAUCAAUGUGCAAAACUCUUCACACAAAAUGCUAUACUGAUCAUGUUGGCCUCAAAAAUAGACAUAGAAUACAUCUUUAUCGAAUUAGGCAUCAGAGCGUCACAAUAUUGUGUUCAUCAGUGAAUUUGAAUCAUUGUUUUUUAUUUUAAAAUAAAACAGUUCUUUUCAAAUAAUGCUGUCGAAGAGUAAUUCUCAUCAAAACAAAGUAUUUAAUGGUCAUUAUACAAAUAAGAAUGACCAAAAAAAAAAAAAGUGCAAUUUAUACAGAAGUCAGAAUGACAUUGAAAUAAUGUAGCGGAAGAAUGACAUAUUUAAUAAUAAUAAUCAAUAAUAAUACUAAUCUUUAUUUCUAAAACUAGGUUACAAAGUGAUUCACACAAGGCAGCAAAUUAAAAUCAACAAAUUAUAAAACAAGAUUUUAUAAGAAAACCAAUAAAACUAGAUCCAGUAAUGUAAGAUAGAAGAAAUUAAAAUAUGCUGCGUUACUGUAAAUACAGAUAAAGAAGUCUAGAGUCUGACGUUACACUACAGCAAAUCUUACAUUCAUACAAGUCAAAAUAAUGAUUGUGAUGCGUCACAUCAUCAGUUUACUUUUUCACACUGUACACUGCUGUAACAGAUGCUCAAUACAGUGCAACAUUUUUAGAUUUCACUUCCUUUUUUUCCUCCUUUCCAGAGCAAUUUUGUUGCAACGCUGUUCACCAAUGUUACAAUGUAAUGACAUGUAAUGUUGAAAUCAGGAGAAAUGCAUUCAGUUGUCUGUAUGCUUCGUAAUAUGAAUUUAAACUUGUCUGUAUUCUGAGUACUGUUGUGAAAACUGAGCCAAAGCAACCAGGCAAUACUGUAAAUGGAAACACUCAGAUUUAGUUUGUUUUUAUCAUAUCUAUUCCACUACUGAUGACUAGUACAGUGUGCUGUUGAUAGAUUGGAGAUGGGUUGGGUUUUUACUGUAAUUUAUCCUUUUUUAAAAUUCCUUUAUUCCUUAUUAUAGAGAUAAAAUUUCUUCCAGUUGAGACCAGAGUCAUUGGGUCUGUGUGCCUUUUUGUUUCAAUCGUAUUUGUUUAUUUGUUGGUAUUUAUUAGUGUCAUUACUUUCUAAACAUGCUAAACAAAGUUGCUAAUGAAAGAUAAUGGACAACACGCCACCAUACGUUGAGGUUCUUGAUGCACAUUAGUACCGUUUGUCCUGACACCCCAGGUGUAUCUUACUUUAUCAUAUCCCCAGAGAAGCAGUGCCCAAGUUUCGGCCAUUUUACUUGAUCAAAAACUGCUUUGAAGCUACGUGAAAUAAUUCAUUUGUCAAUUAUUUACAUUUAGAGUUUCCAUUAUUAUCAACCACUUUAUCUGAAAGGUUUUUGUUUUUUUGUUUUUUUAGUAUCUUGAGUCUUGAUCCUGGGUUGUCAUUCAGCCUUUAUCUUAAAACUUUAUUGCCCAGCUUUAAUGUUUACAAGAUAAUUAAACACUGCCUGUUGUGUUGAGAUACGAAUUGGUGCUUUGGGGACUGAAAUGAUAAUAAUGGAGUGUUUUAAUCAUACUUUCAUGGCAGGCCAAACAAAUGUAAAGAUAUCCUGACUAAGUGUAAAUUCUGAUUUUUGUUGCAAUGUCUCCCUCUACAUCCCAGAAGUAGCCAGUUAUACAGAACGUGAUAUGCAAUCAAAAAUGCAUCACUUAUAAUUGAUAGUUUGAGUUUUAAGCUUGUUUAAAGUGUGCAGUCUGGAGUGCUCCACUGAAGUGAUCUUGACUGUACAGGAAGUGACAAGAAACCCUAAAAAUAUCACCUUUUCCUCUCUGUGUUGAACAUUAAACUGUGAAGGUGCAGGACAGUUUUGUAGGUGCUGAUGAAGACAUUUUAUAAAGCCUACUGAGAUGCGAGGGCAGCUGGUGACACCCAUAACAUUUCAGACAUUGUUUCCUGAGGAAUGGCUUGUUUAACAGGACUGCACACAUUUGUUUUAGGUUGCAUGGUUGCAACAGGAAGCACUGAGUCCGGGGUCUUUUCAUUUGCACAAGCAUGCUGUUAAUGUGUUUAACUAAUUCAGUGCUGUCGGGCAAGAUGUGGAGGACCGAUGAGUGUGGCUUUUAUUAUUAUUAUUUUGUUUUUCUUGAUUUUAGAAUUGGAUUUAUGGUGUCAAGGGAAUGGCUGUGUGCCAUUUUGUACUUCACACACACACACACACACACACAUAUAUAUAUAUAUAUAUAUAUAUAUAUAUAUAUAUAUAUAUAUAUAUAUUUAUAUUUAUAUCCCUCAACCAACCACUUCAGAAUUCAAAAAAAUUAAAUUGCACUCUCAUAGAUUAUACUUGAUACAUUCCCAGUCGGUCCAUAAGAGAGGUUUGAUGUGUGGCCAAAGCUGUAAAUGAAAGUGUCAGUGCAAAGUUUACUCUCAAUAAAAAGAGCUGAAAGUGU